GGGUGGAUCGUUGCUCGCGAAUCAUGUCGGACCGGUCGCUGGCGAGGCGCGCCCGCCCGCCCGCGCCUCUCGUACUUUGUCCAGACUGGAGGAGGACUUGCGGUGAAAUAUUGGUGAUGCAGGGCACGGGAGCUCGAGACAAGUGGUGGCACCAGGGAGCUGACAGAUGAGGCACCCCUACAAAAGGCUGGCCCUCUGCAGGUCGUCUGUCGUCCAUCGUCCGUUCCUUGCGCUCUGCUUCUCCCUUUUGCGCGAGAGGAAAGGCGAAGCGAGAGACGCGAUCGUGGGUCUCGCGCCGAAAUCGCAGCCCGCUCUCGUUGCUUGCGGGACCUGCGAAGCUUCAAGCGCUUCAAGAGACAUCGGAGGAGCAUUUUGAAAAUAUUGGCCUCUGUCCUUGUAUAUAGAGUGGAUUUGGCACCCAGAGGUCGUGAGCUAGGAUCGCAGUGUUUGUACAUUCGUAUUCCCCUCGGCCUCCUCUGUUGUUUCUUGUAGCUUUUUUUCCAGUUUAUCUCUGUAACGAAGGUGGGUACUUUUCGUAGCUAACAGCAUUACAUUACGCUGAUUGUGGCCAGAAGAAAUCUGAUACAUUUUUCACUAGCUGGGACCGAGAGCUUUGAGCUUUUUUGGUUAAUAUCGUCUAUGAAUGAUUUUCUGCUGGCUUGAGGGUAUCUAGCAACCCCUGCUUCAAGCACAGCGUCGCCCAUACCGAUUUAGAGAAUGGAGUGUCUUCAAUUUGCUCGGCUUUGCGCAAGCCCGAGACAGAGCCAGGCGCUUAUGUUUCCUCGAAAGCACGUCGGAGGUUCUUGUGCUCCAAUUGCUGGUUAUUCCGCCUUUCAGCAAGUGCUGUCGAUGAAAGGUUACAUUGCUGAUGGUCGCAGUAAUCGAGCUUGUAAAAGCAAAGCGUAUCUUCCGAGCCGCUUCCAGGAGAUCAUCGGGUUGCAGCUGCCAAUUCUCAAAACUGGACGAGUGGGAAUUAGGAAACAUGCUAAACUUACGGUCUCAGCGACUGCAAGACCCAUGGAUGUCGAUGAGGGGGCAUCAGCGGAGUCGGGCAGAGUACAGACGAAGACUCUUGUCGACUCCGGACUUGAUUGGCUAGAUGCUUUGCAUCGAUUUUCGAGGCCUCACACCAUCAUUGGCUCCGCUUUGGGUAUUGCAUCCGUAUCACUCUUGGCGCUUCAAAAUACGAAUGAGCUGUCCACCAAGUUCUGUGUCGGCCUUCUUCAGGCCGUGAUACCAGCCUUGUUUAUGAAUAUCUACAUUGUUGGGCUGAACCAAAUAUAUGACGUCGAUAUUGACAAGGUCAACAAACCUUACCUUCCGCUUGCAUCUGGUGAAUUCUCCAUGGGCAUGGGUGUGGCCAUAGUUGUCGUCUCGGCUGUGCUCAGCCUUGCAAUUGGACUCAUGGUGGGAUCGCGGCCCUUGCUUUGGGCCCUCUUGGUCAGUCUUGUGUUGGGCACAGCAUACUCUGUUGAUAUACCCUUCUUGAGGUGGAAAAGAUCAGCCCUUGCCGCCGCCACCUGCAUCCUUGCUGUGCGAGCUGUAGUUGUGCAGCUCGGCUUUUACUUCCACAUGCAGAGUUUUGUGUUUGGAAGAGCUGCAGUGAUGACUAAGCCUCUCCUUUUUGCAACGGCUUUUAUGUCUUUCUUCUCGAUCGUCAUUGCCCUUGCGAAGGAUAUGCCAGAUGUGGAAGGGGACAAAAUCUAUGGAAUCCGCUCCUUCAGCGUCCGUGUUGGUCAUCGGAAGGUAUUUUGGUUGUGUGUCUCUCUGAUUCAGGCAGCGUAUUUAGUGUCGAUUGGAGUUGGACUGACAAAUCCGUACCCAUUGGGAAAAGCCUCGAUGAUUAUUGGACAUGCGUGUCUUGCGGCUAUUCUUUGGAAGCGGGCUAAGUCUGUGGAUCUUAAGAGCAAAGCAGCUAUCACGUCCUUCUACAUGUUCAUAUGGCAGCUGUUUUAUGCAGAGUAUCUCAUACUUCCGUUUGUGCGGUGAAGACGUUAUACAUCUAGCUGGCGUGCAGGCUAGAUUUCGGUCAGGAAAGGUUCUACGACAUCACCGUCUAAUCCAACGACAUCAUUCUUGAUCCCAAAUUGGGUCAUUGUACUAUCUUUUAGCUCAUGUUCAUGAUAAUCACUGCCCUCCACUGCAUACUAUUACAAGAAGUGCACCUGACACAUAAUUCCUUGUUCUAGUUGCCUAUCGGUUGGAGCAUAUGCUCAUUUAGCUGGCCUGAUAGAAGAUUUGGUACCGAAGCUUUUCCUAGUAGGAUUUUGAGAUUUUUGAAUUUGGCGAUUCUUCAGUUUGUUACAAAAUUCACGAAAUGACAUCCAUUCGAGUGGCGACAUGUCAGUGAUUCAGCCCCAUACUUCGACAGGAAUAUACCGGAUUUGUUCAUCUCAGUGGUAUAGCCUUGAGUCGGGAAUAAGGUAGUAUGGAGGAGAUGAGCAGCCACCGUUUGACGAUCUUCCAGUUCCUGACACUGUAAUAUUCCAUCAUUUUCCACUUUCAGUCUACAGAGAUGCAAAAUAAAGGACACUAGCGUAUCCUGCUCC